AGAGUAUGACGCAUGCGCAUUUCACAUCGGACGUGAUAUUUGAAAGUUGUUGAUAUUUUCCGAGUUGGAUGAUCAAUCUUUGAAAACAUCAGGCUCGUUCAACCAUGUCGUCCAGAUUAGGAGGUAGGUCCUCUCCCAUCUCCCCUGUCCUGUUCCUGACGGUAGACGGUGAACCCAUGAGAUUCUUCCUACGCCCCGGUCCCACCAAGGUUCGACUGCAGCCCGUCAUCAAGGCUGGUGGAGGCCUGGUGUGCAGGGCCCAGGAGCCUGGGGCUUUCCUACUGAUUGACCCAGAGGAGAUGGGGUUUGUUGCGGGUUCGGCAGCCCACUGGUACGUGUCCACCCAGUACAUCCAGGACUGCAUGGAGAAGAACCAGCAGUUGGAGGUGGAGGAUUACCGCUUCAAGCCCGACAACGUAAAGGUGAACGUCCAGACCAGGUCAGCGAAACAGAGCGUAGGUAGCAUCGGACGAAUGGGCUACACUCCGGAGGAGGAUAAGGCCAUUAUGACGUACAUCUGUGAGCACAAGCGUGAGUCGCAUGGGAACAAGGUAUGGCAGGAGAUGGCGAAGAAUGGUCUGACCUGUCACAGCUGGCAGUCGAUGAAGGACCGUUACCUUAAACAGCUCGUUAAAAGACAACCUGAGCCUCGGGACUGCAGGGGAAGGAACAAAACGGUCGUUACUGCUGCUUCGGAGGAGAAAGGAGGGAACUCGUUUGAGAAGGAGAGAGAGAAAGACAUCCCACCACUGACUUCCUCACUUCAGAAAGACUCUCGACAGCCUGAUAUUAUUAUGCCGUUGGCCCAAGAGUCAGACGCCUCAAAGACUUCCUCUGAAUCCAAACUCCCUCGGGCAUCAUCAUCAUCAUCAUCAUCAGACACUGGUCUCCAACUCCCACAGAAGUCCCCUCAGAAAGACCAGGCUCGGUGCUGUCCUGAAGGACCGGGAACAGAGGAAUCAACUGUGGAACCAGAGAGAGAUCCCUCGACCCAGCUAGAACCACCAGCAGACCCUGCCCAGUCUGACACUACAACAUCCCAGCUGGUCCCUUCUAAGAGACUCCACCAGCCCUCUCCUCCUGGGGGCAAACACACACAUCGCCAGACUGAGGAGGCAGCAGCCACCCCCUCACUUAAAAGAGCCAGGUUAAAUAGUGGAGCAGUGGUGGUGGUCUUGGAGAAAAGGGAUUCAGCUGUUACAUCAGGAGAGAAGGCAACAAGCUCCAACACGACAGAGGGGCAGCUGGGAAAGAAAAAGGCCAACAAGCGAAAACUGGGCAUCCUCGAGAGUGCAGUGAGAGAAUUCGAGGGGUCAGAUGAGUCAGGGGAUGAGGAUGAGGAUGAUACUCCAGACCUGGCUGAGAUUGCUGGCCCUGCACCAGUCCGGGAGACUCAGACACCUGUAGCUGCCACCCAGACAGAGAAUAGCUCUGCUCAGAUACAGCCCCAGCCUGCUGCCCAAGAGAAGAGCUCAGAGACCCAGCCUGAGGGCCAAUUACCUGAGGCCAUUGGUCCCGCAAUGAGUGGGUCGGCCCCAAAUGCACCAACGGUCCCAAAUGCACCUGCAACGAGUAUCCAUGUCCCGAAAGACCCUGCUAUCCCGUCCACUUCGACAGUUCCUCACCUGUUCCUGUUUGAGCGUGACUCCCAACAGGCGGAGGAAGAGGAGCCUUCCCAGCCCUUCACCCAACUCCAGCUCCAGGAGGCCAAGCGGCUGGUCCUCAGCCUGAUGAGGGAAUCCAAACUGGGGCUGGUCGCUGUCACCAAGGCGCUCCUGAAAAACAGUGGAGAUGUCUCCGCUGCCCUGAGAGACCCACUGAUGAUGCCUAACGUAGGGAACGGGGUUCAGCAGGGCCCUCAAUGGGAACGUCAUGACGACCGCCUGCUGCUGUCAGCUGAUCCUUCAGAACUCCAGAACAAGUUUGGGGAAGAGGGAGUGGCCAAGAGGAUGGCUUUCCUCUGUGCAGAGUGACACUGGGGGGGGGGGGGGGGGGGGGUUCAAUAGUAUGCAACGUUGUGCGACCUUUAGUUCUGAACAAUACGUUUCCACCCCCCCCCCACCGUUCUUCAGCAUUCUUUGAGGUAUGAUGGCUCCUGUUUGGUCCGUGUGGCCUGAUCAAUAUGGGUCUGACAUUACCAUUUUAAAUUGGCAAAAUUUCAUGUAGCCAGCACACCAUAAACAAUCGUACCUCUGGGCUAACAAUAAUUACAAUGUUGUUUCCUACUGAACGCGUUCCUGUGUUGUAUUACCUAAAUGGAUAAAAACAGGAAGGACUACCUUAGCCCUUGAUCAUGACUGGCAGUUAUAUUCUAUUAUAAAAUAAGAGUCCUUGGACGAAGGCGCAUUCUGUACGGGAGAGUUUUGUCAAAGAGUUCCGACGCUCGGUCUGAACAUUUAACGAGCAUUGUUUCGCGGUACGGUUUUGGAAGCAUAAGGACUUUAUCUUUCAUUUAAGCAAGAAGGCUAAAUUCAUACACACCUUUUAUAGGGUUCAUACACGGCAGUAUCUCCAUUUAAGCACUAGUUUAGGGAAAACAUAUGGAAGACAGAGUGGACUACCUGUGCUAGUUAGUUAUCAGCGUCUCUGAACAUCUGUGUGUAAAUGGAAGAUGGCAAACGUGUUGUCACUGAAAAAUACUGUCGGUUGCAACUGUGUUGAAACCGGUUAAAACGGAGUACAGUGUUUAUUUUGUGUAUUUUGCAUUUGAGAAAUUAUUUUGAUGUGAUAUGUAAAGUAGAGAACUUUUAUUUUUCUAUAACCGUACUGCAAAUUGAGAAUCGAUUCAUGUUUAGUUGGGAGUAUUUGGCCAUUUUCCAGAGCCACUUCGUCUUUAAAUAGAACAUGUUAGGUCCUUGGUCUAAGGAGUAACAUUGGGCUCAUUAUAGUCAGUCCAUUAUUGGGCUAUGAAAUGCCAUGUCCCAUGUAAGAUGGCACAUUUUAACUUGUAAUAUUUUAACUUUUGUAAUGUGUCUGUUUGGAAUUCAAAAUGUGCUAUUUUUUAAAUAUUUUUUUCAAUAGUAAACAUGCUACAUAUGUGAAAUAUACUGUAUGCAUAUGACGAUUUGCGACAAUUUGCCAUUGUAAUAAAAUAACUGAUGUAAUUCGCUUCAUAA